AAAGUUGAGGUUGAUAUCGAAUUGUCCGCUGAACUGCAUAACUGUUUGGGUGCGCGAGUAGUCAUGUUCAAUAGAUUGAAUAUCCAAACAAAGACUUAAAACAAAACGCAGAAAUAAUGUAAAAGUGUAAGAUGAAUAUUCCCUUAUUCGUGUUUCUUCUCUCUUCACUCAGCUCAGUAUUCACUCAGGACGAUGAUGGUCCGUACCGUGGAAAAUAUUUAGGAAAACUCAACUCAUACCAUCACCAGGUCUCAGGAGAUGUGUACGCUGUAAACGACUCAACCCUUCUUUUGACUUCUUUUAGCUACGAUGGAAAUGGGGCUGAUACGUUCUUUUGGGCCGGUGCAGCCAACAGACCUGGCCCCCAGGGAUUUAUCGUUCCUGAUUUAAACGGAAAAACAAAUGUAUUAGAACGAUACUUCAACAAAGACUUCACCCUAAUCCUCCCCGAAAGUAAGAAAAUCACCGACAUAAAGUGGUUUGCCAUAUACGAUAUAUGGAGUCAGAACACCUUCGGAGAUAUCUACGUUCCGGAGGAAUUUGAACCGCCAACCGUUCAAAAGAUUUCUACUUUGACGGGCAAACAUAACGGAAUAACGACAGGGUCUGUGGACAUAUUAGACGCAAAAAGGAUCAGGUUGAAUCAUUUUACUUAUGACGGGAAAGCGAAAAAGGCUUAUUUCUGGGUCGGAGUAGGAGCACAACCGGUCGUGAAGGGAUACAAGGUUCCUGAUGAAUAUGGAUAUCUAGAUCCAUUGAGAGCAUACAGAAACUUAACGAUAGUAUUAGAGCUACCAGGAGAUCUUACGAUAUUUGACAUCGAUUGGUUUAGUGUCUUCGACCAUGACGCUAAACUAAAUUUAGCAUCAAUUAUCAUUCCAGAGGCUUUAAACGUACCACCAUCAUUAGUAAAAAUCAUUCCUCAUAAGAACGACUUACCGAACUGCCUUCAACUCCACAAAGACUUCCAAGUCUCAUGGGAGAUCUUCGGCCCGCAAAUCACCAUACAACUUGCCGGGCAGGUGGACGAAGAUGAAUACUUAUCCUUCGGUAUUUCCGGCUCUCAAGAACGCAGUCAAAUGGUAGGGGCGGAUGUAGCCGUAGCCUAUAUUGAUGGUUAUAGAGGUUUCGCCACUGACUAUAAUAUUACAGCUCUCACGCCGUGUGUCAAAGUGUUAGGUCAAUAUAAGGGUGUGUGCAAAGAUGAAGUAGUAGGCGGCCAAGACAGCAAUCAAAUGAAUACAGCCGUAAGAGAAAACGGAGUCAAUAUAAUAACAUACAGGCGACAGUUAAUUUCACCCGAUCCUGGCGAUAAAGAAUUUCCAGCUAGUGGCUUCCUGUACGUAGUUUGGGGAAUAGGCAAGUUGGACGAGAACAUGGAACCAGCGUUCCACGAUUUAUAUUCCAAAACUGACAUCAAGAUCGAAAUGACCCCAAAAGAACCGCAAAAUAACUGCCUUUCCUUCACGAGAUCCAAGCCGGAGCCACGUGAACCUUGGAAAAAGGGACAGAUAUUCGACAAAACGAUCAGGAUAUUUAAGUCGUAUAUAGGACCUUCUGGGGCGAAAAAAGGAUAUCAAGCAAUAACAGGUCAUGCGUCAACUGCCCUAUCUUGGUACAUCAACGGAAUGCUUACACCAGAAAUAUGGCUGCGAAGAGGCUUGUCUUAUGUAUUUAAAGUGUACGGAGGCAACAAUCCCCACAGUGCAGAGUAUUACCACCCACUUAUAAUCACCGAUGAACCACAUGGAGGCUUCGACAAGCUUACCGAUGAGGCUCAGUCGAAGAUACGGGUUUUAGCGGGCGUGGAAUAUUCUAGGAGAGGCAGGCCAAGACCAACAGCGGCUGGCCCUCUCUGUCUUGCCCAACACCCCGAGAACAAAGACAGAAGGCUAGACGACGACUACGAGAGCUUCAAAAAGUUCAACCGUACACUGAUGUACACCUGCGAGGAAGGUGAGCCGGGGGUACUAGAAUUCACCCCUAACAGCACCUGGCCUGACACGGUUUAUUACAACUCCUUUACACAGGCCAACAUGGGCUGGAAAAUUCAUAUCGUCGAUAGUUUUAACCAAAGGAUCUAUUCCGGAGCGCACACUUUGAAGUUGCAUAAUAUCGUUCUACUCGUUUCUGUAUGUUUGUUUGUUAGACAAUUGUUUUGAUUGUUUAUUUAAACGCAAUGCCAUGUUGUUUAAUUGCAAGCAAGAAAUCGAAAUAAACGUGUACAUUUCUAUUUA